CGUGCACAGAGUAUCUCCAAACUUAUUGUCUUUUACUGCAGAUAGUAGGACAUUUGACCAUUGAACUGGACAGCCAUGUCUAUAAUCAGAAAAGAAGGAAAAAAUACAAUCAUCUUUGCCACACGAGAAGAUCAUGCAACACCUAGUAAGGUGAAGUUACCAGAACCAGAACCAAGCCCAGGUCUACUUCUACCUAAUGGAGAAAUCAACUGGAACUGUCCAUGUCUUGGAGGAAUGGCUACUGGCCCCUGUGGUGUUGAAUUUAGAGAAGCAUUUUCUUGCUUCCACUCUUCUACUUCGGAGCCGAAGGGGUCAGAGUGUUUUGAAGCAUUCAAAACAAUGCAAAGUUGUAUGGUGAAAUAUCCAUCAAUUUACAACAAAGAUCCAGAAAUAGAAGAAAUUGAAAAGGAAGAAGAAGAAGAGUUGGCCAAAAAUGAGAGUCUAAAGGAAAUGUCGAAUAAAAAAGUCAAUAGUAACCCAGCCAGUCAAACUGUCUCAAGUAAUGAAAAAGAGGUUGUUAAAGCAUCGUGAGUUCUAUUUGUCAAUAAGUUUAGGUUCUACAGUGAUAAUGUCCUGUUGUUAAUAUUUUCUAUUGUAAAUUUCUUAUCAUUUUUGUGAUGCAUAUUAUGUACCAUGUUGAUCACACAAUCAUCAAGUAGACACUCAAAAAAAAAAUUUACAAAUA